AUGGUGGUUGACCCAGAGCAACACGAAAUAGACCCAUUCGGAACAGACCUUGAAAAGUCAUUCCAUAGGAAAAUUGAAACAGCUGCCAACGGAGCCGCUGUGACUUACUCGAUAACUCCUCAUUAUAUGGACCCUCUGGAUCAGAUGACCGCAAGUAGACAGGUGGUGAGAGGAAUACUUGUGAACGAGUUGAAGAGAAUGAGUGGGUUGAAGUACACAGAGACCAUAAAGGUGAGAAUGUCCAAGGAAAUCGGUGAUGGGAAAACCAAGAAGGACUCAAUCUACUUUAAAUCCAAGACUGGCACUGUUACGAACUUCGAGGAUAUUGAAAGUACAGCUGCUCAAAACCAACUGACAAUCUUGUCUAGAAUUGAGACAUUCCAAAACUUAGGUUCAAACUGGAUUAUGCUCAAUAUUGAGAGUCAUUAUGUGAACAUUGCGAUGUACAAACCACUUGCCGGGAGUUCGUACAUGAAACUACCUGCUGACAUCAGUAAUUCAAUGUGUGGGCUCAUCAAUAUGAAGAAUGAUGAUAACAUGUGCUUUAUGUGGAGUCAUGUGAGGUACCUAAACCCUAAGACUAGAAGAGCAACUACCAUUACUCAGAAAGAUAGGGAAUUCGAGAUGAACCUAGACUACGAAGGUAUAGAGUUCCCCGAAAAGAUAAGUGAUAUUGAUAAGAUUGAGAGGAAAAACAGUAUCAACAUAUCAGUGUUCGGUUAUAAGGGUAAAAAGCAGUUCUACCCUUUUAGGAUCUCAAAGGGUAAGUAUGAGGAUCAUAUGGAACUUUUACUCCUUGGUGAUGAUAAUGGAAACAGACACUAUGUGCUCAUAAAGGAUGUGAAUAGAAUGCUGUGCAGUGUGAGUAAACAUGGCCAUAAGCAACACUUCUGCCUACACUGUCUUCAUAGCUGUGUUAGUAAGGAGGUACUGGAAAACCAUAAGGAAACAUGUUUGCAGGUAAAUGGAACUCAGGCUACAAAACUCCCCAAGGAAGGGACAAAAAUAAAGUUCAAAAAUCAUAGGAACUCAAUGCCGGUGCCGUUUGUAAUAUACGCUGAUUUUGAGUCCAUACUGGUGCCUAAGGAAAGAAAAGAGAAGUCAAAGAACCCCGAGGACAAUAGUAGUACAGACCUCUACCAGACACACAAGGCCUGUAGCUUUGGUUUGAAAACAGUCUGCCACUAUGAUGAUAAGUACUCUGGUGAGUAUCAGAGUUACGUUGGAGAGGAUGCUGCAUUGGUCUUCCUAAAGACUGUAUUGAAAGAGUCCUUCAGAUGUAGAGAGAUGAUCAACAAUAUAUUUAAGAAAAAGAUGGUAAUUACACCCAAACAGGAAUCCGAAUUCCAGGCUGCAAGAAACUGUUCAAUAUGUGGUAACGACCUUGGUGAGGAUAGGGUAAGGGACCAUGACCAUGUAACAGGAAUGUACCGUGGUGCUGCUCAUAAUAUAUGCAACCUUAAGUAUAGAAUUACAUGGAAAGUGCCUGUGGUCUUCCACAACCUGAGAGGUUACGACAGCCAUCUGAUUAUGCAGGAAAUUGGCAAGUUCAGGAUGGAUGUUAAUGUAAUUCCAAAUAAUAUGGAAAAAUACAUCUCAUUCUCACUGGGUAAGAAUCUGGUCUUCAUAGACUCUAUACAGUUCAUGGCUUCUUCACUGGAAGCACUGGUAAGUAAUCUUUCAUCUGAGGACUUCAGGAUAGUAGGUAAGAGGUGGAAGGGUGAGGACUUCAAUCUAGUGACACAAAAAGGAGUGUUCCCAUAUGAGUUCCUAGACGAUAUUAGCAAACUCAAUACAGAAGGUCUUCCGAGCAAGGAUAAGUUCUACUCAUCACUGUAUGAGUCAGAGGUGAAGGAGGAAGAUUACAAGAGAGCUCAGAAAGUAAGGGAUCACUUUAAGAUGAAAACCAUGAGAGACUACCAUGAUCUCUACCUGGAAACCGACGUUCUUCUGCUGGCUGAUGUAUUCGAGAACUUUAGGAGAACAUGUCUAAGAAGUUACGAACUUGACCCCGCACAUUACAUGUCAGCACCUAGUCUGAGUUGGGACGCUUUUCUGAAAAAGUCAGGUGAAGAAAUAGAACUAGUAAGUGAUAUGGAUAUGUUCCAGUUCUUUGAGAAGGGUAUGAGAGGUGGUACAAGUUAUAUUGCUCAUAGACUCUCAACAGCUAAUAAUAAGUAUAUGGAAACGUAUGAUGAGGACUCUGAAAAUAAGUACCUGAUGUACCUCGAUGCUAGCAAUCUGUAUGGCUGGGCAAUGUCACAACCGCUGCCUAAUGGAGAGUUUAAGUGGGUUGAGGAGGUUGAUGGGAUGGAUCUGGAUAAGUACCUGAAAAAUGGCGAAAGGGGAAUGGUUUUAGAAGUUGACCUAGAGUACCCACAGGAACUUCACGAUCUACAUAACGGUUAUCCCCUAGCACCAGAGAGUAAGGAAAUUGAUGCUUCUAUGUCAUCAGAUUACGCGAAGACUAUUGCUGAUAAAUUCCAACUAACACUGGGACCCAGAAAAAAGUAUGUCCUACAUGUACGUAAUUUGAAACUAUACACAGACCUUGGGAUGAGGCUAACAAAGGUUCAUAGAGCUGUUACGUUUAAGCAGUCUCCUUGGCUUAAGGACUAUAUAGACUUCAAUACGAAAAAAAGGUCAGUAGCCCGUAACACAUUCGAAAAGAACUUCUUCAAGCGGAUGAACAACUCCAUCUAUGGAAAGACUAUGGAGAAUCUCAGGAAUAGAGUUGAUGUAAAAUUAGUGUCUUCCAAAGAUGACCUCCUAAAGCGAAUGAAGGAAGUGCUAACGCUAAAUAAACCGUGCUAUGUGGGAAUGAGCAUCUUAGACCUAUCCAAAACUCUAAUGUAUGAUUUCCAUUAUAAUACCAUCAAAAGGGAGUACGAUGAUAGAUCAAAACUACUGUUCACAGAUACGGAUAGUCUGAUGUAUGAGCUGAAGACGGAUGACGUAUAUGAGGACUUCAGAAGGAUUGGUGAAGAGCAAGACUGCUGGGAUAAUUCGGACUACCCAAAAGAUAGCCCCUACUGCUCAACCCAUAACAAGAAGGUUAUAGGUAAGUUUAAGGAUGAAGCUGGUGGAGUACCCAUAAUUGAGUUUGUUGGGUUGAGGUCAAAGAUGUACUCAUACAUCAAGGAAAACGGUGGGGGUGGAAUGACUGCUAAGGGUGUUAAAAAGUAUGUCAUCAGAAACAAGCUAACCCACAAGAACUUCAAAAAUGUAAUCAGCACAAAGGGUAGAAUGAGACACAACAUGAAUACAAUCAGAAGCACAAAGCACACAAUCGGAACUUAUGAAAUGAGGAAGGUUACUCCGAGUUGCUUUGAUGAUAAAAGGUAUCUUUUGGAAGAUGGAGUAACCAGUUAUUCUUAUGGUAACAGGAAUAUAAGAAAUAGUGAUUGAGAGGUUUCCACAGAGUAAAAAGUAGUAUUCCUAGAUAGUAAAUGAAUAGUUUGUAAACCCUGCCUUGUGUUUACACAGAGGUUGUUUGAAAUUUGUCAAAAGUGUUCAAGAACUAGCAAAACACACAAUAUUGGAAAAGUUUGAGAUCACUCUAAGAAUUGCUCAAUCUGAGGUUCAGCUGGAGCUAUGCUUUAAUGAUAAAAG